AACAUGCUUGCUGUUCACAGAAGGCAAUAAUAACUGUGAUGCAAGCAAGAGAUUUACUGAAAAGAGCCAGCUUUUCUACAUAUGUCACUUGCAGGAAGCGACUCCGACGAUGUUUUUGACUUGAAGACAGAAUCGUAGAGCCUCGAGAUGGUACAAGCAGGCCUGCUCAUCAACGACGAGUAAGGCUUGCUACCAUAUAGGGAACAUGUUACUUCUGUAUUCCAGAUAUAACAGGUGAUCGUGCGUGUAUAGAAAUUUCUUCAUCAGUAAAUUAAGUAGCUUCCAAAAACGCCCUCGACGACACGAUUAUUAAGGCCAUGAAAAUCAGAUUAAUAAUAGCAAAGCCUCUCAUCUAAGCGAUGAACUGGAGAUGUACGACUCUACAGAUGUAAUUAUGCUGGUAACGUGUGAAGCCCCAUAAGGAUACGAUUUCAAAUGAUAUUCAGUUGACUAUCCGCGUAUAUAGAGCUUUACAAUUAUAUCAAAGGGCAAAUGUACACUGGUGUAUUGCUAGCGUUAAAUACGAGCAACAAAAGGUGUAAAUAAAGCGGAGGAGGCGGAAUGAGGUUCUUUUGUGGCAUUGAACAGCGAAAGCUGAUAUAAACGGUCGAUGCGCUCUGUCGCAACAGCUUGGGCAGUAUGACUGUCUCAUAUCAGUAUGAUGUGGCCUCAACCUCGUCAGGUGGCUUCAUCCGUUUACUAUUUCGAUGGAAAGGAUCCGUUUGGAAGCUUGUUUACUACGAACUGUCGUUGUUGGCCCUCGGCUACGGGACGUUAUCGCUUCUCUACCGUUAUGCGUUCAAUGAGGGACAACGCGAGCUGUUCGAGAAGAUCGUCUACUACUGCUCAAAAUUCAUGGACAAAAUACCGCUCUCUUUUCUGCUUGGAUUUUAUGUCUCUUUUACGGCAACUCGAUGGUGGAAUCAGUAUAUGGCUAUACCAUGGCCCGACAAAGUUAUGAACGUCGUCUCAAUGUACGUCCCUGGUACUGACGAAAAAAGCCGAAUGCUCCGGAGAACGCUAAUGAGGUAUCUCAACCUCACGUUGAUCCUUGUGUUAAGGUCGAUCAGCAAGGCCGUCAAAAGACGCUUCCCCACGAAAGAACACCUUAUCGAAGCCGGAUUCAUGACGAAGCUGGAGUCUGACAUCUGGAUGUCUAUUCCGUCGAAUGAGUUCAACACAUUCUGGGUGCCCUGUACCUGGUUUAUCAAUCUCCUCCGCGAAGCCAAAAUGGAUUGUCGAGUCACGGAUGGCUACGGGGUCAAGCUCAUCAUGGAAGAGUUUAACGAAUUCCGGGCUAAAUGCGGCUUACUUUGGAGUUAUGACUGGAUUAGUAUUCCACUGGUCUACACACAGGUUGUUACGCUCGCGACAUAUGCCUUUUUUGCAGCGGCGUUGUUUGGUCGGCAGUACGUACAAUCAAAGGAUCCGAUUAUAGCCAAGGAGCUCCACUUUGACUAUUACGUGCCUGCGUUCACCGUUGUACAGUAUUUCCUCUACAUGGGAUUGCUCAAAGUAGCCGAACAGCUUAUCAAUCCUUUUGGCGACGACGAUGAAGACUUUGAACUUAACUGGAUUAUUGAUAGACACAUCAAGGUGUGCUACCUGGGCGUCGAUACGCUAUGUGGUCCUCCACCUCCGCUGGUCAAGGACUCUUAUUUCUCUAAGAUGGAUUAUAAGCUGCCAUACACAGCAGCGUCUGUCGCCUACAAAAAGAAGACCUACCGAGGCUCUGCCGCCUGGAUGCACGUACCUCAAAAAGAGCAAUCAAUGGUGGUGCCCGAGAUUUCAGAGGAAGAGGAUGAAGCGCAAACAUCUUCAGAGGAGGUACAACAAAAGUCUUCUACCUGGAACCUUCUCAAAGGCCAUCGGCAUUCGCUCGCUGUCAACAAAGAUCCCGCAUCUCACAUGGAAGCUGGGGAUUCGAACUUGCACAUAUACUUUAAAGCUCCAACCCCAGGCGGUUCCGAGCAGCAGAUCAACGAGGAGACCUUCGGUACCCUGCCGCAGGAUCCGAAUCAUCUCCAGCUUCCUGCGGACGACGGUACGAUUUCUCAAACAUCUUCUUCGCUGAAGGCAGCAUCGCCAGUAACGCCUGCUACCAGGUCGAAGAAAAUAGGAAUCUUUACUAAAAAAGGUGUUAAAGUUCAGGCUUGGAAAGGACCUCUAGCUGACUACGAGUUCCCUCAUAAGCCACCUAAGAAAAAGGGGCAACCACCGAAGGUGACGUUCCUUGAUGAACGUGGGUUGCGAAUACCGCGUCGUCUUUCUACUCCGGUGCUGCAUAUGACAAGCUCUAGCCAACCAGAACUAGCUAAACUUGCUGUCUCGAAAGACAAGCUUAAGGAACGACUAAGCCUAGCAAACGCUGCAUUGCGAAAGGCAGAACUGCCGCAGUAUACGUUGCAAUCGAUGCUACUUGAUCGAAAAGCCUUAGCGACAACGGAAUCUCUUGACCUACCUAUGGAGAUUCGCCCCGAUGCAUGGCUUCACCAUCGAAGUCUGCCUAACAUCAUGGUGGACAGCCAUCCAGAGUUCAUGACAUCUACAGACGUGGUAAUCGAUGUUGAGCCGCCUUCUAGAGAAUCGGAAAGUCCGGAAAGUGAAUAUGUAAUGAAAUUCCUUAAAGACGGUAAUUCUGAUAGAGGUAAAAUGGUUUUGGUUCCCGUAAAUCGAGCAGGAUCCGUAGAGAGUCUAAUGACUCCUAAACGGUAUCCUUUAAUAAGAAAACGUUCAACAAGUCUCGAUAGCUACACUCCGCCGCCUAGUCCUGAAGCGCCUGUAGUCACGAUCAGUUUAAAGCCUCAAUCGGAUGUUACGGUCGAGGCAGACAUCGUGCCACGAAAGCAGAAGACUCCGUCACCGCCUCCACCGCCGCCUCCGCCUAAAGAACAGAGCGUGCCACCCGCACCGCCAUUACCGCCGAAACCACUCCCUGCCAGGCAAGAGGCAGUUCAAAAACCAAAAGAGGAAUUAGAAACAGGCGCAAGAUCAAAGAUGUCCAAAUUUAGAAAAGGCGCGACUACCAAAGAUCCUAACUCCCCGAAGUCGACGGUUUCGCAUCCACAAAAAAAAGGUGGCCCUUCGCACUUUCGGCGUGGACAGCCUAUUCCGGGUUUAAUAAAACCACCACCAUUACCUUUUUGUGCGGAAAUGCCCAAAUUACGGCCCGUUCAGCUUCCCGAAGAAAAGGAAGAGGACAAAUCUUCAGAAGACAAAGCCUCAGAAAGCGAACUUUCAAUCUUAAGUCCACAAACUGAGCACCUUUUACGUCCAAGUCAAUUGCGCAGAAUAUCGCGUUCAUUUGAUCCAAAAACUAAGAAGAAAAAAGAGAGUUGAUACGUGCGAGCGUAAUCGACGUCGCUUUCGGAGCAGAAACGGAGCCCUGAAUGACAGCGGCGCCAAAAUGACGCCUAUUUGUUUGUGAACUGAACUGUCAAGGCCCGGACGGCCUGGCGCGGGAACGAGAUGCACGUGCGCGUCAUUGGCGUCAGAGAGCAGCAUCAACACAAACUGGCACUCGGCCCUCUCAAUAUAUGCGUUCUCUUUUCUGCAGGCGCCAGAGCAGACGAGAGCAGGAAGGACAAGUGAGGGCCACGCACUUCCGCGACCCGCCCCGCGACGGGCCGUUCGGACCAUCAUCAAGCAGAGCUCGCGCACAAUCACAAUCCCAAGACCGCACCGGGUCAUUUGUGACGGAUCAAGCGUCAUUGACCCAAUAAAUAUAAAGAACGGAUGCAAACUAUGCCGUCGACCUGGUUGUCGGAUGUACAAUGAAACCCCAGGAGCACUGCGACCCUUAACGCUUAUAGAGUUGAGUAGAAACAACAGCCGAACAGCUACUGUACAUAUUGAUGUGUAGAUGAUAACGGUGCGGAUGAUGAUGCCGCAAUUGCAAUAGUAAUGUAUUGCUACGAUCUACUUGGAU